GAAAUAAUUUCCCGAAUAGAUCAAGCAGUAAGUGUGUCGACUCGAUUUCUUGUAUUGUAUCUUGUGUAUAGCAAAAUUCAAUAGGAGGUAUAUGAAUUUCAAGUGAGAUUUAUCGCAUCGUUCAACAUCUUUCAUUGCGUGACGUAUUCAGCUGAGUGUAUUCGGGGUCACGGCGUUGUGUUUCCUUGACUGAUCCACGUCUAUGUCUAACGGAGCUGAGGAAAAGAUGGCGGUUCCUUCCUCCAACUUUGACAACUUCUUGCAGGCGAUAUCAAGCAAGAUGGACUGGCAAAGCUUUAAGCAAGAGACGAAGAAGCGAUUCGGAGACAAGUAUACAUUAUCAUCGCAAAGUGAUAUGUACCCGGUGUUGAAGAAACUCGAGAAUCACGGCCAAAUUGAUGGAAGCGACUUCACGUUGUUGGAUUGUUAUGCCGAGAAGUCUGCGAACCGCGAAGAACUGAAAAACGAACUUGCCGAGUACAAAGCCAAAUCCUAUCAUCCGAAGUCACAGCAAAUUGUUGGACGGGAAAAAGAUCUCGAUGGCCUCAAUAAGCUUCUAGGUAAUAGAUUUAUCAAGGCAGUGAAUUUAUUUGGCGCUUCCGGGGUUGGAAAGACAACACUAGCUCAAGUCGUCGCUAAGGGUUUCUGCCAAACUAACGGCUUUCGACAUCUUUGUGUGGAUUUGAGAGACAUCACGGACAUCUCGAAUGUACACUUCCAGUUGUUGCAAGCGUUUGGUUUGACUUGUUGGGAUAAAGAUAUACAAAGGCUGUAUUCUCAUCUAAAUGCUUCGAAGGAUAAUGAGUCAAGAAAGUCAACAUUCCUUUUACUUGAUAAUGUUGAACAACUUCUCACAAAAGCGAGAUCUGAUUUUAUUGCCAUGCUCUCAUCUUUAAUGGCGUCCAGCAUUUCGUCAUCUGGCGAGUUUAAAAUCCUAAUAACGUCGCGCGAAGAGGUCAAAGAAUUAUCUCUCAAGAUGAAGGGAUUUUCAGAGAAGAUGGUCGAAAAAUGGGAUGUUGGCUUUUCUAAGAGAUUUAUCGUCGGUCAAAGCAAAAUGUCCGAAGCCAAAGCCAAUGAAGAGAAUGAUGUGCUUGGAGAAAUAGCAAAAUUAUGCGAAAACAAUACGUAUCUUCUGCAAGGGUUUGCACAAAUUAUCAGAGAGGGUACAGAACCACAAGAGAUUCUUCAACAGAUAAAAAUGCAACUUGCAAAUGCCGAUGUUCCUGAACAAUUCGCUUGCAUCAACAAGGUGUUUGAAUCCCUGCCAAAUAGUAACGUAAAAAACUUUGCCAUCAAAAUAUCCCUAUUCCGAAGAUCUUUUACAGGAUCGAUGGCCCAGAGACUAACCGAUUCACCUACUCUUAUUGAUGCCUGCUUUGACCUCGAGAUCCUUGCUCGCCAUAAGAUACUCAACGUUGUCGACCCGGAAGACAAGUCCGGGGAGCGGGCCUAUGACAUUCACAGUAUUUUCCACGAGUUUGUAGACAAUUAUCUCUGCCAUAAACCUGAAUUUGCUUCUAUUUACAAGGCGGGGCAGGAAACAUUUUUCCGACUAUUCACGCAGAAGCUUGAAAAGUUGUCCAAACUAUUAGAGACUGAAUUUGUUGAGGCAUACAACCAGCUUGAAGGUGACCGCCCGAAUUUUGAGUUUUCCUUAGAAAUUGCCAGCCAAAAGGAUGAUAAAUGGUUCCUUCUGUACUCGGAUGAGUACUACACUUCGGCGUACCUUUCAACUUUGUUUGAGUGUUUGAAGGACGUUAAACAGAGGAAGAAACUGUACGAAGGAUGGUCAAAGACGGCGGAGUCAGAAGGUCAUUGGCUGUCCGGUGCACAGAUGCGAUGCUGGGAAUCUCUCCAAGAGGCAGACCUGUUCGGGCCUGAAGAAGCCAUGAAAGUGUUGGACAAAGCAAAGAAAAACUUGCAAAAGGCACACAAUAGCACUCCUUACAAAAACUACAUGGCAAUAGAAGGGUUGUAUCAUCACUGCAUAGGAAGAACAAAGUGGCUACUCGCCGAAAAGACGCAAGGGAAACAGAAAGAAGGUAUUGCAGGAGAGAGCCUCUUAGAGCUUGAAUACUCUCUUGAAAUUAGGCGAAAGCAACUUGGAGAGCACACGCAGACAUCACGGACACUGAACUUGAUGGGGAACGCUUUGAUGGCCUUGAAUAAGCCAGAAGAAGCCUUGAAAAGAUACCAAGAGGCCAUGAACAUGAAGACUCGGCUUAUAGGUAGCGAAGAACACUGCGAAAUGCCCACGUUUUACAACCAAAUGGCAGCUGUGCAUGAAAGGCUAUCGGAAAAGACCCAGGAAGGCAAGGAACACCAUCUCACUAUCGCAAAAGAGUGGAUGGAGAAAGCAAUAAAAUUGCAAAAAGAACUCGGCGUUGGCGAAACAGAGCACACUGCAACUUUUCAAAGAAACCUGGCUAACGUUCUGCUUGCUCUAAAAGAGUACGACCUUGCUUUGGAGGUUGCCCAGGAAUCGUAUAGACUCAGAAAAGAGAGACUGGGAACUCACCCAGAGACGGCAAGAAUUUUGUACAUGAUUGGAGUCAUCCACGAAUGGCGAAAAGAUCCAAAGUCCGCGUCAGAAGCGUAUGAAAAGGCAUUCGUGGUGGAAGAGGCGUUACCUAGCAACAACCACAGUGUGGUGAGAAGUAUGAUCAGGGAAAGACUCCUUAAAACAUGCGAGAAAAUAUCAGACACUGACAGACUGAAUAAAUACCAACAAAAGAUACGAGAUAUUGAUAAUGAGGUAAUAGAAGACGAGCCUCACUCCGGCCCCGCCCUGUCUGAGAGAGCACCAGAACCGAUAGGAUCGAUAUAUGUCGCGCCGAGACCGGAAGAAAUGCUUUCGUCUCUUAAGAGACUACCGAGACCUACGGUAAUAGAAGACGAGAUUUCUAAAAGUAGUCCCUCAAUCCCCCUUCCGCCUCCGAGAGCAGAGAGACUACCGAUACUACCGAGACCUACGGUAAUAGAAGACGAGCCUCACUCCGGCCCCGCCCUGUCUGAGAGAGCACCAGAACUUAUAAGACUACGGAUUAAUUCGCCUGACGAAUCUUACGAUAUCUACUAUCUACCUGAGUUUAUGAAAGACGAGGUUCAUUCCGGUCCCGCCCUGUCUGAGAGAGCACCAGAACCGAAACUACAACAGCGAACACGGAGCAGAUAUUCACUAGUUAUGAUAGACGAUACUCGAUCCCAGAGAGCACUAGAACCGAAAUCGUGGAGAUAUACCCCGUCGAGAUCGGGAGCCAAUUUUCCAGCAAAGGAGGCCAUCAAACAUGGGUCUGUUCAGAGUUUGCAGACGGAUUUUCAGAUGGAAAUCGCAGGUCCCAAGAUCCAAAAGACCCAGUUUGUGCAGGAAAUUGAUUUGCACCGCGUUGAGUGUAAAAUUAUGGACGAUAAGGGGGCCACUUGGGAACUUGAAAGCUUUGGCAUUUUUCUGAACAUCCCUCCAGGAGCACUAAAACAAUCAGUAGAGAUACAGUGUGUUCGUCACUCGCCCACCGUCUUUCCGUCAGUAGAUGGGGAAGUUUUUGUCAGUCAUAUUGUGGAAGUGGGUCCAAAGCCCUUGACAUCAUUUUUCACACCAAUGAGACCCAUCCUUCUACAUAUCCGUCAUUCUGGUGGCAAUGCCCUUGGAUAUGAAACAGUUGCCAAAGUGAUCAAUGGAAAGACAUGGGAAGACAUUGAUUCAUCGAUUGUGCAUGAUGAAGACCAAGGAUCUUACUCACGUGAGGUUAAAGUAGUGAAGCCCAUGACGGUUGCCAUAGUAAAGCGGCUAAAGUUCACCAGGUUUGAAGUCAGCGUGGAAGGUGGGACGUUUUCAUCAAGCUCAGGAAAAGUGCAUAAAACUUCCCUCUCUGGCCCAAGACCAAAAGUGAUCCUUUCUUCCUGGCCUCGGGCGGAUGUUACAUUCCCUGAGGGUGCCAUCACUCACCCGUGUCAAGGGAAAAUGGCGGUUCUGCCCAUACCAUCUAGCGCUCCACAGAAGGCGGGCUGGUCGCCAUAUCCCAUAUUAAUCAUGGAGGGGUUCCGCGGCCUGCAUUUCCAAAAACCUGUUACAGUUACUUUCCCUUUUGAACACCCCUCCUCCGAAACGUCAUCAAUACGUCUGCUCUGUGGGGAGAAUGGUGAGUGGAGAGACGUGACUGAUGAAGUUAAGAUUACAGAAUCCCACAUGUUGGAAUUUGAAGUGCGCCAUUUUAGUAGGUUAAUCUCAGCCAGAGAUUCUGAAAUCAAGCUGAGACACAAGCUGCUGGCUAAGAGGCAUGACCCAGGGCAGGAUGUACAUAUAAGGCAUUGGUAUUUAAUUCUCUGGCCAUGGGUCGUUUUGGGGACUUUAGCAUCUGUUGGAUCAUUGGUUGCGCAUGCCUCUCAAUUGGCCUCGUAUGUGAGGCGAGUCCCGGUGGCAGCUUACAUUGCCGCAUUCCAGAUGAGUGAACCAGACAUGGACAAGUUUGACAUGGCACUGCUGAGCUGCUCAGCGCACGAAUAUCAGGAGCACCGUGUACGCUUGGAGGGCGAUGGCUACCAUUUCCUGGGAUUCGAUUCUCCCGAUUUGCGAGCACAAGACGAGAUCUACCCAGAGUUAGUGGGAGGGCUCACAGAGGUUCCCUCAAGCGAAAUGUACCCGACUAAAUUGGCAUUUCUUGGUGAGCCUGGAAAAGCCUCUGUCAAAAGAAUAGAAGUCCAGCAAUCACCUGACUGCAAAAAUACAAAAAUCCUUGGAUAUAAUGAGCCACGAUUGACUGUCCUCUCAUCAACAAGAAGGAUUGUUUCAGAUAUUAAAGUCUCCGGACUCAGACCGUUGGAUCAAAUUUCUCUUUCGCAGGACUGUGGCGCUGAUUGUUUAGGGAUCAUGAUCGAUGAUAAGAACGACAUGGAACUGUUAAAAGACGUGAUUGAAAAGCAUAAAGGAAAAAUCAUAAAGCUCUUGUCCCGAGGUGUGCAAGCAUCACCCAGAGAUGACAUGAUUUGUACAGUCGAAGAGUGUCUAACAAACUGGCAAAGCGGUGGCGGGCGCAAGCUGUUCCAGCUCUUCCUGCUGUUCUCCCGAUAUAACGAACAUUGGCUAAGAUAUUAUGACUUCCACCAGGGUUUAAUACAUUGGCUAAGAGAGGAUGGCUCUCACGAGGCUAGAAACACUAGAAAGAGAUAUAUUGCGGAUCUGCUCAUGGAAGGCAAACGCAUCCUUGGAUUGCCACUCAAUAGUUUCGCUAGAAUAGAAGACAUUGCCAACAUUCUAACAUCCACGCAUAGAUCGGAAGCCUGGAAAUCCGUGGCGCGACGUCUUCCAGUUGCAGAGACAUUGAUCGAAAGCUGCGUUCAUGAUCACCGCGAUACUAUAGAGCAGUGUACUCAGGUUUUACUUGCGUGGACACGCGAAGUGGGGAGCUGGGCAACUCUAGAUCGAGUAUUCAACGCACUGACACUUUGCCAUGAUAUGCAAGCAUCUUACAGAAAUAGCAGUGUUUUUCUGCAUAGCUAUAGAGAGCUUGCAAGGCUCGUGACGAGAGAAGCUAAAACGCGUGUAGUAGAACACCACUAACUCGAACACAAAUUCAUUGAGUUCAAGUUAACGUCAGAGUUCAGGUUAACGGUGUUCUGUCGUAAAUUAGUCAUCACAUCACAUACUUUUUCAAAGUUAUGGAGUACUUGAAUAGCAAGAAUUUUAUGAAUUUUUUAUACUCGUUUUCCCUAACGCUACCUGAUCUGGAUGUGAGAAAGGGGUGUUGGCAAUUGCCUGCUAAGGAUCAUUUUUAUUGUGAAUUUCUUUGUAUCUGAGGUAGAGCAAUGGUCCCGACUUCAAUUUCCAGGGCGGACCUGGGUUGGGGGGGAGGAGGGUUAGGAGUGAUGAUCCGGGCAAACAGAAUGUCAUCGUCGUUCUGUAUAAUAUCUAAAUACAUAGAAUAUUUUGCUACAAAACAUUUUAAGACAACAACUAGACGCGCGCAGGGUUGACUGGGACUGACUGUCUGUGCUCCUUUUCAUAAAAAAACACCAUUAAAUAUAAUAAAAGUAUUCCUUAGAAAAGAUUCAGAAGCGGACGCUCUCCGUUAUCUACCCGAAUCUGAAUUAUGAUAAUGCACUUGUACAGGCUAAUCUUCAAGACCUUGAAAGCCGUAGGCAAGAUCUCUGUAAAAAAUACAUGUGUAAUUUAUCAGAAGAAAACCCUGUACAUAAACUUAUAUUGUCAAGGACUAUAACCAUACCGCAAACGUACGGCUGUACGAUUGAAUGUACGGCUGCGAUCGAAUGUAACCCGACGUGCUGCACCGUCAAGAACCAAGAGGCUCAGUGACUUUGUUUCUGUCAAGUAUUUAAAUGUUUUGUAAAUGUUCCUGUAAUUCAGUCCUAUGGCUGUGGUAGGAAUAAAUAAACAAAUUAGUAUUAGUA